GGGGGGCGGAAGAGCAGCGGGGGCGGGGGGGUUGUGGAGUUACAUGUUGAGCUCCACUUGCGGGUCCUUAAGUGGUCGCGCCCCCUUGGAGAACGCGACCUGACGGCUAGGCGGUCCUGGCUCUUCCGCCUCGCGGUGUUUGUAAAGUGCUGACCCCUGAACAUAGUUGAAACAGAAAAUAGGAAGAUGGCAGCAAACCCUUCAGGACAAGGUUUUCAAAACAAAAAUAGAGUUGCAAUCUUGGCAGAGCUGGACAAAGAAAAAAGAAAGUUACUAAUGCAGAACCAAUCUUCAACAAAUCAUCCUGGAGCUAGCAUUGCGCUCUCGAGACCCGCCCUCAACAAGGACUUCCGGGACCACGCUGAGCAGCAGCAUAUUGCAGCCCAGCAGAAGGCAGCUUUGCAGCAUGCACAUGCACAUUCCUCGGGAUACUUCAUAACUCAAGAUUCUGCAUUUGGGAAUCUCAUUCUUCCUGUUUUACCUCGCCUUGACCCAGAAUGAAGAAAAGAUCUGUAACGGCAGUGACUUUGUAAUGUCAAAUGCCAAAGCCACUAUCAUUCAGUGCUACACAAACUGUGACUUUCAGAAUUUGGUGGACUUUUUUUUAUAUGUUUUGUUUCUUUAAAAGAAAAAUAUGUGUAAGUGAAAGCAAAAAAAGGAGACUGAUGAAAGCUCUGGAAGCAGUAUUAUCUGGGAACUGAUGCUGCUGCUCAGGACUAUAAUCUGUGUGUAAGGCAGUUUGUUUUUUAAUUCUGAAUCAGACCCCAGAUUGGAUGUGGUCACAUAACCCACCUUCCAAACUAGUUGGACUGAAUAUAUCAUGUCUACAGUAGAGUUUCAAGAACCAUUUAAAGUACUUUAUAAACAAAUGAGGGCGCUGUUUAAAAAUGUGAACCAGUAGGCUUAAGUUACAUUCACAUUUGCUGUUUAUAGAAUGGAUAUCAGUGUACCUUUUGUGUUUAUAGUCAUCAUAUCCUAAAAUAUCCUUUAACUGGUAACUAGUUUCCCUAUUAUCAAUUUUAAAAGAAAACCCAAGAUGUGAGUAAGUUACCAGCCAGUCGUAAAUGCCUUUUAUAAACCUAUGCCACUGUAAA